AUGCAUCUCAACGGCUUCGACACCACCAUCCACCUCGUCGAUACCAAGGACAAGCUCGACGAGUACAAGGUUGAGCUCGACGGGACCAGAAAGAUAUCCGCCCACGUUUGCUCCGUCGACGAGGCUGCCUUCGGCAUCACCGUCGCAAGAGCUCACGAGGAACGCCGAGACAUCCACUUCGACCUCACUUUCGACGGCAGAGUGGUACCCGGACUCUGGCUCUUCAAAAAGCAUGAGCCCUACAAGUCCAUCAAUAAGCUAUUCGUCGGCCGCGAUUCGUGCCGCAACAUGCUCUUCUCAAAGGUCGGCGACGCCGCCUCGUCGGACAACACGCCGGCCGCAUCACAGCUCGGCACCAUCGUCGUCAGGCUCUAUGCUGCCGAAGUCCUAGGGAAGAAGCGCCGCACCUGGUACGGAUCCGAGCACAACACACCCCAGGUCGACGACAAGGCUCUCAAGGAACGUAAAAAGAGCGACGGCUUGCCCUUGAGCCACCAUAUCAACCGCCGGCUGUCGUGUGAGCCCUUUGCCACGUUUAGGUUCGUCUACGCCUCAGGGGGAAUCUUGGAGGCGUGCGAGAUUGUUCCGUCAGCCAUCGACAAAGUGCCCGCAUCGCAGGCCGGCGAUCUGACUCGCGAGCUCGAGCUGCAGGCGACCAACGACGAGCUCAAGAGGCAGCUGGCGCUGAUGCAGCAGCGCCUGCAUAGGCUCAAGAGGGAGCGGCCGGCUGGAUCAGCCGACGAUGCCGAUGUCAUAGACCUCACGCUCGACGACGACGAUGACGGCAACGACACCGGCGGCACCGGAAUUCAGCUCAGCGACGACUCGGGCAUCCAGGAAGUCGACGGCAAGAGCAACAGCACGGUGGGCUCCACCGCCACGGCGAAGAGGCGCCGCGGUCCGAAGAGGAGCGUCAAGCGCGAGGUCAGCGUCCAAAGUGGCGAGAGCGGCAGGACGGCUGCUGACGACGCAGAGGAGGGUCCCCGUCGUUCGAAGCGUCAGAGGACCGCGGGCUGA